CUUGCCAGAAUAUUUAUGCCAAUGUUUUUAAAUCAAAGAUCUUCAAUCCCAGUUGCGUUACAAAACCCUCAGCACGCCCUGUGAAUUCCCACCGUGCACAGACCCUCGGAGGCAUAUCUAAACUCCUAGGCUAUCUCUCAACCUUCAAGUUGCCUUCCAACCAUCGUUGACUUGUCAUAGAUUGAAAUUCAUAUAUAUGCAUGCAUGGAGCCUGAAACAGAAUAUUAUCAGAUUGGCGGCUUUCGAGCUCAUUCUGAAGAAUGGUUUCAGAUGUACGACGACAAACAAACCAUAGAUGCUAUUGCGAAUGACGAUGGUCCUGAACUCAGACCUGGAGGUCCCGGCGCGCCUAUCGAAUUAGUCUUGGGAAUUCUGCACAAUGGUGCCUCAUACGUCCUCAUGACCUCUCAUCAAAUGUGGACAUUCAUCCGGAAGCACCGCUUGCGACCUUCUCCCCGAAGACCGUGGAAAGUUGACAAUUUCGCCUCGCUAUCCCCGAUUUAUUUUGCUGCAAAGAGUGACCUUCAGGACAAGCUCAAGACCUACAAGGUGAAAACUCAAAAGAAUAAAAAGGAUAAGGAGGACAACAGCCCUGCCAAUCGAGGUUUCUUUCAACUUGGGGACAGGGGCGCUCCAGGCAACCCACGGGCAGAAUUUGAGAACCAGAGAGUUUUAUACCGGUUGUUUACGGACAGCGCCACUCCAGGAGCCCUUGGGCUAGUCAAUCCACCCUGGGCUAGUGCAAUCAGAGUGAUCUCGAUAAUCGUAAACACGUGGCACAAGGAUAGACGUCCUGAACGUUUUGACAAUCCCAUUAUCAUUGAUGUCGGAUGGACAGAUGUGAUGAUGCCGGAGUACUUGGAAUCUAGAAGAGUGACAGAGACUGUACACAUAAAGAUGAAAGGACUCUCAUUGAAAAACGAGGAACAGAAUGCGCCUUUUGAGCACGGAACCACCAACCAGGAGGGCACGGUGGAUAUUCUUUACUCAGAAAUACGAAGGCUCUUCACACAUGACGCCCCCAAUGUUCCGCUUGUAGUGCUGGUUCACGAUGAGGAGAUGGUGCGCGGGGUGCUUGCACGUUCCGGAAUUAAUGUCGGGUCAUUUACUUCCGUCGCUGCGCUGUUCCAGCGUGGCCAACCUCAGAAGAUCCUCCAGAUCACCUUCCCCGCGACGCUUGAACACUGGCACGUCUCGUUCCUCCCGCGACUAUGAACCACGCUGGAAAUACGAACGCGACGAUGAUGUCAAAUCCUUUUCUGUGAAACAAGAGGGCCGAUCAUCAUUGCCAUCGUCAUCAUCCGUACGCAU